UGUUGCACUCCCACCAGUCUGCAGUUAUCCCAGCGAAAUCCAGAAUCACGAGGUCUUUAAGCAAACCGUCGGCCAGAUCGAGAUCCGUACAUUUGGCCAGGUUUGACACCACCAAACAAGAACCAUGACUAUACCAACAUUGGUACUCUUCACCACUCUGUGGUUAGUAUAUUUCUCUCCAUGCAAUGGACUGCACUCUUCGUUGGAUAAGCAACAUUUGGAGACGUCUUCUACAGUGGCGCCAUAUUGGUACUCCAUGAUGAAAAAGCUACAUUUUAUAGGAAACAGCCCAGAGCUUCCGGAAGACCAUAUCAACGACGUUGACAAGCAGCUAGACGGCCAAGACUAUCGUCCCCUGCUGACCGGAUCCGGACGUUUGGUAAGUAUGAAACGAAGCUCUGAACUGCAGAAUAACCGAAAUAGACAGCUUUUGAAAUUGUUAAACCCAGAUCCAAUGAACUUGAGCAACGCAGCACGGUUCAAUUCUUUCUUGGAUGUUGACUAUGAUACCCGCCAAAGGCGAAAGUUCCCGGAAGUGGACUCUCGAGGCUUUGACGAAGAUAUAUUCGAUGAAGGUUUUGGCGAAUGGUCACCUAUGAAGAGAUCAAGCAAAAUAGUUGUAUAAAAUAUAUUUGAACUCUCUGGUACGUCUAAUCCUAGCAUAUACAUUCACGUAAAUCUUUGCACCAUAGAUAACUUUGAACUUAACUUAAGAUAAGGAAAUACACACACAUAUAAAUAUAUAUAUAUAUAUAUAUUACUUGCCUUCCUUAAUUAACACCGUACAAGUAACAACCGCAUUAAUUGAAAUUAUACUUAAGUUAUAACAAUGGCUUAAAUGUAAUUUGAACCGAUGCGAAAAGAAAAAAUAAUAGCAGUAUAAAGUAAUACUGCUGAUCUAUGGGAUCUGGUUCCCAAUUAACAAACUACAAUCCACGUAACAUACUGCCCAUUGUUAAAAACCUGUAUAAUUUAGUAAAAUGUAUAAAUUAAUAAAUCAGUGGUGAAAUAAAGAAGAUAAAAGCAACUUGUCUGUAGCUUUCAUAAUUGUACAGUUUGUUUUGGAUACUCGUGUAAAGCUACACAAAAACCCUCGACCCUAAUACU